CCGUUUCAUGGCCCGUGGACCGCCAUGCGAGGGUCGCUGCCGCUGGACGACCCCGCUGGCGUGCAAAUUCCGCCGUUCGAUGCAAACGAGCUAUCUCCAUCAUGCGGACCAUCCACUGGAGGCACCAAGUUCAUCAUCCAUGGCACUGGCUUCAAUUUUUGCGGUAAUACGGAUCUGCAGGCAUCGCCGGUGGCGCUCACGCCGUCGUGGGCGCAACCGACGGAUCUCGACGAUGCCAAGGUCCGAUUCAUGCACGGCAACACGAUCCUCGCGUCCGUGGCGGCGACGAUCUUCAACUCGUCCAAGAUCGAAUGCAAAACUGUCCCGUACACCUGCCCGUUGCUUCACGCCACGUGCAAGUCGUGGGGAACUGUAUCGUUGUGGAUAUCUGUUCGCGGCAGUCCCUACGUCCAGUGCAAGCAGCCAUUCGUAUACUACCAGCAGCCGUCCAUUUUCCACGUAAGCCCUCUUGCUGUGUCGCUUGCCGCCGUCGCGAGCGAUCAAGUGGAUCUGUCGAUGCGGUUGACUUUAGCCGAGACACCGCAGCAUGUGCAUGCCCCAACGCAACGUGAGCGCCUUGCCUUGGACGUGAAAACUCACUCGAUGGUGUUUCGCGUCCUCUUGCACACAUCUACAACGACGAAAGUCGUGCACGAGUCGCUUCGAGGCAACGUCGUGCUGCCUGACGACGGCGCGACCGAUGGAGUGGCCGUGUCCGUGCAUCUACCGGCACAUCUUGCAGUCGGCACGUACUCGCUUCAAAUGACGUUCAAUUUGAUCGAUUUCACGGCGGCAGCAUCGAUCACAGAGCCCGACGAAACCUCAUGGACAUCUUGGCGAGGUCACGGCCUAUUUACCAUUUUCGCACCUCCGAUCUUGACAGGGGUGUCGCCGCCAUCAUGUUAUUACAUCGAAGGACAAACGUUGCAGAUCCAUGGGCUGCAUUUGGCUGCUCCGGCGGUACGUCGUCGGCAAGAUGCCGGCGGCAACCACAGAGCGAUCGUGCGCUUCACCAAAGCCACACCAAUUUCGUCAUCCCAACAUGACCAGCGGCACUACCAGGUCGAAGCGAUGCUGGCCACGAACGACAUGACGACGCUCGUCGUUCAAAGCCCUCGGUUCAACGACCCUGGUCACUACGACGUUGCAGUCUCCGUCAACGGUGGUGCUCAUUUCAGUUCGACGACGGCGGCUCCGCUGCUUGUGUACCUCAAGCCUUCGUGCGAGUUCGUGUCGCCGGCGCAUGGAGUGUCCAUGGGCGGCACGGACCUCCACCUUCGCCUCUCUUUUGGCUACGCCCGCAGCCACGACGACCGUCCCAACAUCGCUCUCGAGGACUCGACCUUCGACGAUCCCCAUGGCCUCAUCCGCGUGCGAUUUUACGUCCUGCACACGUCCGAGCUCCUUCAAACCGUCCCCGGCUUCGUCUCGUCCUGCCGUAAGUUUAUCCAUUGCACGACGCCGCGGAACGCCAUGGUCGACCAGUUUCGUCAUUCGCAGACGGAAGCGAUGGCGCUGCAGGUGAGCCUGGAUGGCGGCAUCGUGUUCUUUCCCGUGGCACCCAAGGCGCCGUUCACGUACUACGCCCCGCCCAAGCUACGCCGGUAUGCGCCGCUGCAAGGUCCAGCGACGGGCGGCACGAUCCUCCACUUGCAUGUGGGUGUACCCAUUCCCGACACGUUUCGGUGCCACUUGCGAUUCCGCGGCGCCAAACUCUACCACGACGUCCAUGACGUUCCAAUGACAAAGUCCAUGGACGGACUCACGCUGUCUUGCAGGACACCGUCAUGGACGCUCGAGCCGGGCGAAGGGCACGCGAUGGCGCUGGUCGAAUUAACCCUGAAUGGCGUGGACUACUUCAGCGACCUGACCGAGUUUGAGCCGUGUACGCACUCGGUCUUUACAGGAUAUGGUCAGCACUUUUGCUACUUUGCGCCGCCGCGGCUAUCGUCCAUUUCGACCAAGUUUCUGUCGUGUCGGGGCGACGACGACGUCGUGAUCGAUGGCGCGGGCCUGCGCGACUUUGGCGGCGCGAUUCGCGUGGCGUUCUCGAACGGGAAAACGACCAAGUACGUGGACGGAACGCUUGAUCGCGACCAUCGCGUGGUGUGUCGAGCGCCGCCGUUCGCCCCAGGUCUGCUGCAUCCAUCCGUGGAAUGGACGGUUGGGGUUUGAAACAUGGAAUGGACAGGACGCUGCGACGUCGCUGUGGCACUCAAUGGCCAACAGUUCACGGGCACGUGGACGGUCGGGAACCACUUACAACUGGAUUCCACGCUCGACUCGCCGACCCUCGUCCACUUUGUACAAGAGCCCGUCUUUACCACCCUCGCGCCGGCGCGAGGACCCAAGGCCGGUGGCACCGAGCUGCGCAUCUUCGGCGACCAUUUCGUCGACACUGGCCAGAUCCGCGUGCGAUUCGCGUCGUCGAUGGGGUUUGAAGCCGUCGUGCCAGCCACUGUGACCAAUGGCGUACUCCAGUGCAUGACGCCGAGAUGCCCAGUCUCCUCUGGACAAGGCAUUGCGGUCGCUCUCGAGUGGGCGCUUGCCGACGGCUCGGCGUUUCGCGGCCACACGACUAAGCUCAAGCCCGUCUUUAUCUAUGAAUGACAUGGACGUUUUCCGCGACAACGGAUCGCGUACAUGAAAAUUUCCUCGAGUGAACGUUGAUGACGGUGGGUCAGCCGCCAUGGGCACCGAAUUUGAGUC